CGUCGGUAGGUUUGAGGGCGAGCUGGGAAAUGUCGCUGGAAAACUUGUGUUCGUCUCGUCGGAAGAGUUAAGAAUCCGCGUCCUUUUUUAUACCCAGACCUCUCAUUCCAGGACAUCUACUCUCAGGGCUGCUAUGGCUGUGAGGAGGCAGCAGGAGCAGCUGGGCGACAACCGCACCGAGCCGCCCAGCUUGGUGCGUAUGGUGAAGUCGCUGAUACCUGUGCUGCCUUGUUCUACCUUUUCCACCGUCCUGUUCGGUUGGAUUCUGUUCUAUCUUACCUGCAGGUACAAGUUACUAGGCGAGCAGACCUUUACUCUGGGCAACUUCCAGAGCCGCUUACAAGUGUACAGAGUGCUCAGUUAUGUGUUCAUCCACAGAAGUAUGAGUGCACUAGUGUGCAAUAUUCUCAUGCUGUGGUAUUUUGGUGGUGCCAUGGAGAAGGACAUCGGAACUGUAAAAUUUGCCUACCUCACACUCCUACUUGCAAUUCUUUCUGGAAUUAACUAUGUUAUUAUUGGUUCAAUAUUUUUUGGACUGGAAAAUCUAAAAGAAAUUCAGGGAUUCACAGUAGUCGUGUUUGCCUUUGUGGGGAUGUCUGUAGUUCUGUCCCCUAUGAGAUCUGUUGUGUUCAUAACAACAAUCAAGGUGAUUUAUCUCCCAUUCGUUUUACUUAUCCUUUCGCUUUUUAUACCGGAGUCAUCGAUCUUGGGUAAUGUUUGUGGAAUUGCAGCAGGAGUUGUUUAUGCUUACGGCCGAAAGUACUUUCCAUAUCUGGACAUGCAUGAGUUGACUGCUGCUUCUUUGGAGAGGUACUUUCCUUUCAACAAUCUGAAGAAUUUACCAGGGAUCACAUUUUAUUCUGCCUUAUGGGAGGUGAGACAUGUCGAGACAACAAACAGGUGUAAUCCUAAACCAGGGUCCUACCCAACUCAAACUUAUUACUAUCCUUCAUCCACUGACCCAGAGCACUGCUAUAAUUCAGCAAUAUUAAAACAGCAAAUUAGUUUGUAUGGAAAUGUGCAGCAACAGCAUCAUAGUUAUAAUCUUGAACGUACUCCUGGAUUUGGAUAUGAUGUGGUUCAUGGACACAGUCAUGACAUUAUGCAUCCAUCUGGACAUGUAUUCAACCAUAACCUUAGGCAGGCACUUGGACAUGGACACAGCCAUGAUGUUGGACACACACCUGGACGUGGACUUGGCCGUGAAUUCGGGCUGGCAUCUGGGCACAGUCACUGCCAUGACUUUGGGCAUGCAUCUGGUCAUGGACACAGUCAUGAUGUCUUUAUAUCUGAACAUGGACAUGCCCAUGACCUUGGACAUGGCCAUGACCUUGGGCACAUGAACAAUCCUGAAGAUGGGCAUACCUGCGACCAUAAACCCAGUUAUCAAUAUUCUGGGGACGUACAAUAUAGUUCUUCGGGGCUCCAAAAGGGUGUUAAAAGUUCUGCUUCCAAACAAGACUCCUUUUCUGUGCUAAUGGGCUAAGUUUUGCUCUGGGUUUUUUUUAGCAGGCAGCUGCACACAUGAGGUACCAGGCCAUGAUUAUCACAGGGAACAUCAUUCCAUACUAAAGAUGUCAUUUUAAGUUAAAAUUUUGUAGUUCAAUCUUCUGAGACAGCACCAAAGUGGAUGUUGAUGCAUUCAUUGUGAAUCCUAUCACUGGUAUGCAAUUGAAGUUGUGAAAGAUUUUUUAAAAGUCUGCAUCUGUUCAUUUGCCAAACAUUAGAAUUAAAAAUGUCAUAUAUUUAGUAAUUUUUAAUUCCAUUUAUUUGUUGUGCUACAUUUUUAGUUUGAGAAAUUUGUUUCUGCUUGCCAUUUAAAAUGCCCAUGCAACUAUGAUCAGCAGGCUGAAUUUUUCAUUCAUUUGACAUGCUUAUUUAACAUUGCUAAUAACAGUUUUGUAAACAACAUACUUUGGAAAUAUCCUGGCCCGAAUAUCCUGGCUUGAGACCUGAGACAGCUGUAUAAUGAAACCUGAUUUGUACUGUUAUGGAAUAAUAGUCAUUUCUAUUAGACCAAGAGAUGUAUAUUAGAGGUGAAGUACUGGAGAAAAGAAAACGUGGCCCUCCAUGCAUGUUACAGUGUGACAGAGAUAAUGGGCAAGGAGAUUCUAACACAGUCUUUACCUAUUUUACUGUCAGUCCAGCUUGAUAUUUGCCGCCUGUUCUGGUAGGUAGGAGUGAUGGCAAGACUUUCUUUCAAUAGUGAGGUGGGGAAAUGUAAGGAUGAGUUUCCAUUGUUUUGAUAUCAUUAGGUUAGUAGUGCUGGAGACUGUAAACAUGCUACUAAGGCUGCUGAUGAUUUGUAUGCUCCAAUGCAAAGUCUGUCCACUUUUGACUCCAUAAUUGUGUUCAUUUCACCCCCUUCCUCAGUUCCUUUGCUGCCAAAACCUUAUUCAAUAUUUCAGAAUCAAGUUUAAUAUCACUGGCAUAUGUUCUGAAGUUUGUUGUUUUGCAGUAGCAAUAUAUUGCAAUACAUAAUAGUAAAAAAUUAUGAAUUACAGUAAGACGUAUGUAAAAAUUAAGUAGUGCAAAUAGCAAAAAAAAAGAGGUAGUGUAUAUGGGUUCAUUGUCCAUUCAGAAAUCUGAUGGUGGAGAGGUACAACCUAAAAGGUUGAAUGAGUGACUUCAGGUUCCUAUACCUCUUCCUUAAAGGUAGCAAUUAGAAGAGGGCAUGCUCUGAGUGAUGGGGGUUCUAAUGAUGGAUGCCACCUUUUCUGAGGCAUUGCUUUAUGAUACCUCUUUGCUGGGGAGACUAGUGCCUUUAAUGCAACUUUCUGAUCCUGUGCAAUGGCCCUUCCAUACCAGCCAGUGAUGCAGCCAGUUAGAAAGCUUUUCAUAGUACAUCUGUAGAAAUUUCCCAGAGUCUUUAUUGACAUAUCAAGACUCCUCAAACUCCUAAUGAAAUAUAGCCGCUGUCGUGCUGCCUUUGUAAUUGCAUCAGUAUGUUGGGCCAGGGUCCUACCUCAUUUUCCCCUUCCUGAAGUCCACAUUCAAUUCCUUGGUCUUACUGAUGUUGACUGCAAUGUUGUUGCGACGCCACUCAACCAGCCUUCUCUGUAAGCUUCCUUGUCGCCAGCUGAAAUUCUGUCAACAAUUUUAGCAAUAGAAAUAAUUUUGUUACCUGUGAACGUGUCUAUUCCAAUGGUCUCUUGCCUAGCUUUCUAUCUUCUAACAUACACUGCCUCAUAUCCUUGGGAAAUGGUAGCUUGGCUGAGUUAAGUUCACUUUUCUUUUGAGUAAAUACUUAUAACUGUCCAAAUAAUAGUUACUGCAAGACAAAUUAGAAGUAACCCAAAGUAUUGGCUUGUGUCCAUUGGCCAAAGACUUGAGGAAUACACAUCUUAGAUGUGUUUGUUUACCUCGGAGUUUGACUUGCAUUUGAAAGCAACAAUCAUUACUUAAUCUGAAUAAUGCAAAUUAAAAUGAAUUAGGAAGCAAAAGCUUUGAGCACCAUUGUCCCGGAAAUAUUUAAUUCUGAAAGAGCAGCUAAUUCUCUGUACUUUUCAUUCUUGUCCUACUGACAAAAAUUGAAUUGUGUAUUUUUGUCUACAAAACAGUUUAAAAAAAAGGAGGCAGCAGGGGAUGAAGACGAACUGAGGGUGCCCUUCAUCUCGGGUUUAAAUGCAUCUUCAAAUCGCUUCCUAAUACACUUGUAUUACAGAAACACUUUCACUAUGUAUUCUGAAUAUUUGAUUAUAUUAAGAGUGCCUUCUGUUAAAUGCAGCUGAAAUUUUGAAGCUGAUUGGAUGUUUAUAUUUUUUAGUAAUAAUACAGUAACUUGCUGUCCUUUGGGAAGGUGGCAAAGUGGCUUGGAGAAUAAAUUAUUUCUUGGGAUGGUUGGAAAAAAAACUAAUUUAAAGUGGUCAGUGAUUGCUUCUGCCUGCAAUUCGUAACAUUGCAAAAAGCUUGAACAGAAAUGGGAAUGAUUUCAGUGGGAAAACUUAAGUGUAAAGCUAAAAUAGCACAAAAUACUGUGAUAAAAUUUGGAAUGUACAUUACCACAGUAGGCCAGUAGUUUGACGUCCUGUUAAAACAAAGGGAAUGUUGACUCAGACCUUGAGGCCUGCGUUUGGGCAUUUUCAUGCCUUACAGGGUGCAGAUUGGAAGUCUGUGUGGGGCGUUAAAACACAAGUAGUUAAUUACAUGUGUUUGUAUCUACCUGAGACCAAUGAGCACAUCCACAGAUGGAUGCAUUCAAAAAUAAAGGAGAUAGAAUAAUUUAUAGUUUAGCCCAUUUUAAUCUCAAAAAUUGGUAAAGGCACUUUCCAUUAAACUGCCUCAAUAUAUAGAGGACCCGACUUGGGACAGUGCAAUACUGAACCUCCUGUUAGGAAACAAGAAAGGGCAAGUACCAGAAGUGGUAAUCAGGGAGUACUUUUGCAUCUAAUAAACAUAAUUCUAUUAGUUUUUAGAUAGUGAUGGAAAAGGCUAAGUCAGGAUCACAGAUAAGGGUCUUAAAAUGAAGCAGGGCUAAUUUUGGGGGGGAAUUAGAUAGUAUCUAGCAGAGGUUGAUUGGGUGAGCUUGUUUAAAGGGGGAAAAAUGAAGAGCAAGUGGAAAGCUUUUAAGAGUGUAAUAUCAAUUGUCUAAGAGCAGGAUGUUCUGUUGAGGUGAAGGGGAAACCUGGCAAAUUUGGGGAACCUUGGCUAAUGAGAAAUAUUGAGGCUCAGGUCAAGAAAAAGGAAACGUACAUUGGGUUUAGGUUGUGCAGAUCCCUUGAUGACUAUGGCUGGAUUAAGAAUACUGUUAAGGGGGAAAUCAAGAGAGCAACAACAGGGUAUGAGAUGGAUCUGGAAGGUAAGGUUAAGGAAAUUCCCAACAAGUUCUAUAGCUAUAUUAGUAUGGUGGCUAACGAGAGAGUAGGUCUCUUUAGAGAUUGCCAAGGCUGCAAAGGUGGGAUUUGUUAACUGAGAAGAAAAUCAUAAUUACUCAAGAGAUAAGGAAAACAAGCAGAGAUGUUUUGGAGGACAUUUGUAUUUACCAGGGAAGACGUGUUUGCAGCCUUACAACGUGUUAAGGUGGAUAAAUUCCCAGGGCCUGACCAAGUGUGUCCUCUUGUGGAAGGCUAGUGAUGAAAUGGCCGAGGCCCUUGUGGAAAUAUUUCACUCAUCAAUAGCCACUGGUGAAGUUCCCUCCUUAUGGAAGGCAGCUGAUGAUGUUCCAUUGUUUAAAAAGAGUAAGGAGGACCAGCCAUGGAAUUAAGCAGUCAGCCUGACAUCAGUAGUGGGAAAGUUAUGGUGAAAAUUCUGAGGGACGGGAUUUACCAGCAUUUUGAUCGACAGAGUGUGAUUAGGUGGAUUCGUCAUAACUUUGUGUGUGGGAAGUUGAGCUUUGUUUUUUAAAGGUAACCAGAAAGGUAAAUGAGGAUAGGCCUGUGGAUGUUGUCUAUUUGGAUUUUAGCAAGACCUUCAACAAGGUCCCACAUGACAGGCUGGUCUGAAGGUUAGGUGCUGGGGAAUCCAGGGAGAGCCAGUCAGGAAGAUUCAAACUUGGUUCAGAAGUAGGAAGAACAGAGUGGUGGUUGAAAGUUAUUUCUUGGAAUGGAGGCCUGUAACUAGUGAUGGCCUACAUGGAUUAGAGUGGGAAUGCACAAGACUUCUGUUCACCUUUAACAUAGAAAUCAUCUCCUGAGGCGAACCCUUGUCUGAUACAGGAUGCCAGCUGCUCUCUUUAUUUCCGGUAGGUGCGAAUGGAUUUUUCUGAAGGGACCAAAUCCCAGCUGGGCAAAUUGUACAGUGCAGGGCUGGAGUCUCAGGGUGACCAGCUUUUCUAUCUUCACCUCCUUUUUAAAGGAAAUGUGCAAAAUGCUGGAGGAACUCGGCAGGUCAUGUAGCAUCCAUGGAAGGGAAUAAACAGUCAUUUUUUCAGGCUGAAAACCUUCACUAGGGCCCCUCCAUCGAUGCUGUCUGACUUGCUGAGUUCCUUCAGCAUUUUGCAUGUGUUGCUCUGGAUUUCCAGCAUCUGCUGUAUCUCUUCUGUUUAAAAUAUGACUUUUUUUCGUAUACUUCCAAAAAUUAAGUGGGAUUAUAAACAGAUAUCACCUGGGAGGAUAGUAAAUAUUUAAGGACAGUAAGCCCAGUUUUAAUUAUUAGUAAAUAACUGAGUCCUGAUGAAGAGCCUUAACAUUGAGGGUGUUUAAGGAGGAGAUUGAUAGGUAUCUAAUUCGUCAGGGUUAUCAAGGGAUAUGAGGAAAAAGCUGAAGAUUGGAACUAGAUGGGAGAAUAGUUUAGCUCAUGGUGGAGCAGACUCGAUGGGCCGAAUGGCCUAUUUCUGCUCCUUUGUCUCGUGAUACAUUUGAGUUCAGAAAUUCUGAUACCCCUGCUAGUUCUUAUUCACCCAUCAACCCUGUAGCCUUAGAUUGCUAUGGCUUUUUUGAUCAGGUUUUUUUAAAGAUCCUUUAGUAUCUCAUCUUUCUCUUUCUGUAACAUACAGAUCUAUAACUUCAGAUCUCCGUGAAGCUUGAAUUUUGGUUCUGUUUCAUGUACAAUUUUACCAUUGGCUUUAGGUACCUAAGUAUUAAACUUCCAUCCUCUUUACCUCUCCUACUUUAAGACCAUCUGACAACCCACCUCUUCAAUCAGACUUCUUGAACAGAUUUUGUAAUGAGUUACCCCUAUUCACAUUAUAUUGUUUAGAGCACAUGUAUUGUUUGAUGGCAUUGCUAUCAAUGAUAGAGAUCGCCUCCAGAACUGCAGUGUUUUGCAGCCUUGGAAGGAAGUCGGGAAAUCACUUGAAAUGAUCAGAAUUUGUAACACCUGCUGUGUAAUACCCUGAAAGCCUUAACUUGAUGGGCAGUAAUUUAAAAGUUAACUGGUUCUGAAACUCAUCUUGUCCAUUUGUAUUGUUUCUUCAGAUGACUAUUUCAAAAUGUAAGGAAUUUAAAAAUGUUUUUUAUAAAAUAAAAAUCUACUAUUUCGUAUUGUAAUUGUGUAAUGGUUUAAAAAAAAUUAAAACCUCAUUUUGC